AAGAGCUUUCCCAAGACAUCAGGAAACUUCCUUUACCUGGAGCAUGGAGUGGUGUGCCUGAACUAUAUUGGGCAUUUAUAUAUCCGAACACGCUCAGUUGACAAGACAGGAGAGGAGAAGAACUGUAUGAAGAGACACAAGAGUUUGUUUCUAUCACCAUAGCAGUUAGACACUAAGUCUGGGAACUGCCACCUUCAGCUCUAGUAAGACUCGUCUUUUAAAAAGGUCCUUUCUCACUCUACCUUGCCCCAGCACUGAGCAGCUGCCUGGGGGUUAGAAAAGUAGUGGAACCCACAGAGGAAGCUCUUCACAUUAUCACCAUCAUCAGUCAAACCUCCACCCAGACAUCCUGCCACCCCCAGACACUAUAAACUCAGAGCACCACUCCAGGCUCACUGGGGAUGUCGACGGAACGUCUACUGAACUUCUGGCAUCCCUCGGACUAAGCGAGAACUGAGAUGCAAUAGCCGAUAUCCAGUUCUGGCCAACACCUUGUGGAUACCUGGAGUCGACAGGACCCGCUGGCUUCAAAGUGAUACCAGAUCAUAAAUGACUUUGGACUCAGCUCUUUUGUACACAUUCACCUUUGCUUUCCAAGGUGAGGGAAACUAAAUACCAUGGAUACAGUCUCUUUAAAUGCAUCCCUGCAAUCUGGAGGGCAGAGUGCAGACAUAGACUCUCCCAGUCUGUCUAUGAAGUCCUUGGCUUUCACCAGUGACAGUGACUCUUUCCGGAGCAGACACUCGAACUUCUUCUUGUCUGCCAACUUCACCGCUGUUGUGGAGAAAUGCAUGAGCUCAAUGCAGACAGGCACUCAGAUGGUGAAGCUUCGCGGCGGCUCCAAAGGCCUGGUGCGCUAUUUCUUCCUGGAUGAGCACAAGUCCUGCAUCCGCUGGCGGCCCUCCAGGAAGAACGAGAGGGCUAAAAUCUCCAUUGACUCCAUUCGUGAGGUGUGCGAGGGCAAGCAGUCUGAGAUCUUCCAGCGCUAUGCAGAUGGCAGCUUUGACCCCAACUGCUGCUUCAGCAUCUACUACGGCGAGCACAUGGAGUCGCUCGACCUGGUCUCGGGCACCAGCGAGGAGGCGCGUACCUGGAUCACCGGCCUGAAGUACCUGAUGGCGGGCAUCAGCGAUGAAGACAGCCUGGCCAAACGUCAGCGGACCCGCGACCAGUGGCUGAAGCAGACCUUCAGCGAGGCAGACAAGAACGGCGACGGAAGCCUCAGCAUCAGCGAGGUGCUGCAGCUCCUACACAAGCUGAACGUCAACCUGCCCAGGCAGAGGGUGAAGCAGAUGUUCAAGGAAGCGGACACCGAUGAUAACCAGGGUACUUUGGGCUUUGACGAAUUCUGCUCCUUUUACAAGAUGAUGUCGACUCGGCGAGACCUGUAUCUGCUAAUGCUUACCUACAGUAACCAUAAAGAUUACCUGGACAGUGAGGACCUGACACGUUUCCUGGAGAAUGAACAAAAGAUGACCAAAGUCACAAAAGAGCAUUGCCUUGAAAUUGUUGCCAAAUUUGAGCCUUGUCCUGAAAACCAGACACUGGGGGUUCUAGGUAUUGACGGUUUCACGAAUUACAUGCGCAGCCCAGCUGGGGACAUCUUUAACCCCGAGCACCAUGAAGUCAACCAGGAUAUGACCCAGCCUCUGUGUAACUACUUCAUCGCCUCGUCUCACAACACCUAUCUGAUGGGAGACCAGCUGAUGUCUCAGUCCAGGGUGGACAUGUACUCCUGGGUGCUGCAGGCAGGCUGCAGAUGUGUGGAAGUGGAUUGUUGGGAUGGGCCGGACGGGGAGCCAAUAGUACACCAUGGCUACACCCUAACCUCCAAGAUCCUCUUCAAGGACGUCAUCGAGACCAUCAACAAAUACGCGUUUGUCAAGAACCCGUAUCCGGUCAUCCUGUCUAUCGAGAACCACUGCAGCGUGCCUCAGCAGAAGAAGAUGGCUCAGUAUCUGGUGGAGAUCCUGGAUGAGAAGCUCGACGUGUCCUCCAUCAGCGUUAUGGAGUCUGGGCUCCUGCCCUCGCCUGAAGCCCUCAAAGGCAAAAUACUUGUCAAGGGCAAGAAGUUGCCAACCAACAUUGAUGAGAAUGCGGAGGAGGGCGAUGUGUCGGACGAGGACAGCGCCGACGAAAUGGAGGAUGACUACAAGCUGAUGAACGGAGAUACGUCCAUGAACAGGAAGCAUGUGGAGAACGUUGCAAAAAAAAAGCUGGACAGCCUGAUGAAAGAGUCUCAGAUCCGGGACCGUGAAGACCCGGACAGCUUCACCCUGGCGGCCCUGCCUCCCUCAGGCAAGCCCAGCGAGAAGGCUGCUGGGAAGGGCAGAGGAGAAGACAGUACAGACACGGGAGACGAGGCCAUCCCCAGCGCGAACAAGAAGUUGGCCAAAUCCUUUAUGGGCAGCUUCUCCAAACGCAAGAAAAAGUCGAGCAAGCUGAAGAAGGUGUCCAGCUUUGAGGACACAGACACAGAUCAGGAGAGCUCAGGCAGCGCAUCACGAGCCCCCUCGCACCACAGCAGAAGGAAGAAAACCAUGAAACUGUCCAGGGCUCUGUCUGACCUGGUAAAAUACACGAAAUCUGUGGCCAUGCAGGAGCUGGAGACCCAAGGUGGGACCAGCUGGCUGGUGUCCUCGCUGAGCGAGACCAAGGCUCAACAGCUGCUACAGCAAAGGCCCACCCACCUCGUGCGCUUCAACCAACGGCAGCUUUCGCGCAUCUACCCCUCGCCCUACCGUGUCGACUCCAGCAACUUCAACCCGCAGCCCUUCUGGAACGCCGGCUGCCACCUGGUGGCUUUAAACUACCAGUCCGAGGGCCGGGUCCUUCAGAUGAACAGGGCCAAGUUCUACAGCAACGGCAACUGCGGCUAUGUCCUCAAGCCCGAGUGCAUGUGUGAAGGCUCCUUUAGCCCGAUGCUGGAGGACCCGCGGCCUGGGCAGAUGAGGAAGCAGCUGGUGCUGAAAUUAAUCAGCGGGCAGCAGCUGCCCAAACCCAAGGACUCCAUGCUGGGAGACCGCGGAGAGAUCAUAGACCCCUUCGUGGAAGUGGAGAUCAUUGGCUUGCCUGUGGACUGUUGCAAGGAGCAGACCCGAGUGGUUGAUGACAACGGAUUCAACCCCAUGUGGGAGGAAACCCUGGUCUUUACUGUGCAAAUGCCAGAGAUUACACUCGUGCGCUUCCUAGUCUGGGAUCACGACCCCAUUGGCCAGGACUUCAUCGGCCAGAGGACCAUCGCCUUUAACAGCAUGAUGCCAGGUUACCGUCACGUGUAUCUGGAGGGAAUGGAAGAAGCAUCCAUCUUUGUCCAUGUGGCUCUGAAUGACAUCACUGGUAAGGCACGGCCGGCCAGCGGAAUAAAAGGGCUGUUCCACAGAAACCCAAAGCAGGCUUCUCUAGACAGCCAUGCUGCUGUGCUACGCGGCCGUAAGGCCGCCUUUGGUGCCCACCUGCUUCGCCGCACGGCCAGCGCGCCCACCAAGGGCCAGCCCAAGGCCAAGCGCGGCUUCCCUGAGAUCUCCAUCGACACCAAAGACUGCAGCUCAGAGGGCGCCAGUGAGGAGUGCGAGUUGGAGGAGGCUCCAGACGCCCACCCCAGCAGGGACGCUGCCUCGGCAGCUGUGGCGGACACGGCCACGGCGGCUACGGUUACGGCGGUUACAGGAGCGGCGCGAUCGUGGGAGCACGGCACCGAUGGGCAGCUCCAGCCGGACAACGGUAAAGUGCAAAACUGACGGGCUGGUCACAGCCAGACCCUUCCCCCGUGCGGGGGCUCACUCCAUCCCCACACGACUUGGAAUCCAUUGCUGAA